AUGCCAAGCUCUCUGAAAGCACGGGCAGGGAAGCCCUCCGUGGCUGAGAUGAAGGCCCAGCUCUCAGGCUUGCGGAAACCGGCCGCAAGCACCAUGGAGGCAUUGUACACGAAGUACCAUCAGAUCUGCAUGUCACAGGAUCCACCAUUGCAGGAAGUUCACAUUAACGAGCCGGACAUGAACUGGAAAGCUCUCAUUUUGAGUCUGCCCUCCCCCGACAAUGAGAAGGUGCUGGGCUGCGGAGUGCGACGGAUGCUGUUGAAGCGAGCAGAUUGCGUCUAUGACGGCAUCUACCGCUUCCAUGUUGAAAGGCGGGACCUGAGCCAGAUGAUGUUCGAUUUCCGAGAUGCUUACGAUGACCCUUACCAUCAUUACAAGGACAAGUCGUUCGAGCAUGAUGUGGACACAGCUCUCCGUGCUGCCAUUCUCCCACACCUGGUGCAGUUCAAGGAGCUACAUUGCAAGGACAGCCAGAUGGAGCUGGUUAGCCACAUCUCGGGCACUGCACUUCCAUGGGAGAAGGCUGUUGUGCAGCACUUCCCGGUCACAUUCAGAGUGCUGCUAGAUUCGUUCAUGAACGAGAACCAGAUUGCACUUGAGAACAUAAAGCUGGAGUUCUGCGAGGACCACGGUUACAAGAUCAAGGACCCCGAACUCUUGGACAGGUGGCGUCUGUUCCACAGAAGCCAUGCUCAGUAUCGAAUCAUUUCCACAGAUGAAGCCAUGGAGCAGGUGGCGCAUGUUCUGAAAGAGGUGGUCGAGGAGCGCAAGUCGAAAGCUAACUUGCAGGUGUUGCUCGACACUCGGUCACAGGGCUAUGUUGUCCUGCUCCUGAGCUGCACCCCUCGCUUGGGAAGUGAUGGCAUGACCAAAGGAGCUAUAUGCAUCGGGCAAGACAUCACCGAGAUGAAGGAGUUGGAUGUUAAGAAGUCCAACAUGGCUGCGGCCGUGACGCAUGAGCUGAGGCAGGAUGCUGCUCGCGUGUUGCCUUCUUCCAAGCCUCAGCAGACAAAGGAGUUCACGCCUGUCGCCGUCGCUCAGGUGACGGCGCCGACUGGCAACGUAAUGAAGUCUGACGCUUCUCGCACCACUUUCGUUGAAGCUGUCGAGUCCGAGGCCUUUUACAGGGCAGAGGCUGCUGCUCAGAAGGAGAAGAGUGAAAGGCAAGCCUGGCGGUGCUUUUCAGCUCGAUCUUUCCGAGGACGUGCCAAAGAGCUGGCCUCUUCACCCUCGCUUGGACACUUCAUCCUAAUCUUAAUCUCGAUAAACCUCGUUUGUCUCGGGGUUGAGGUAGACCUGGGCACGACUCUCGGCCAGAAUGACAUGCCGGAGUGGUUCAACUGGUUCAACUUAGUGGUCGUAUGCAUUUUCGCUUCCGAGAUCGUGUUAAAGAUCGUCGGCCUUGGGAUUCAAGACUUCGUUUGUGGUGCGGAGCGAUGGUGGAAUUUCUUUGACACCUUGAUUAUCGGCGCCUCAAUGGUGGAGUCCUUCAUCGAGAUUUUUGCCAAGGCAUCGCUGGGCACCCACAUGGUCCACAUCCGCUCCCUCCGCUUCGUUCGUGUGAUACGUGCGCUCAGAGGCUUUCGGGUAAUCAGAUUCCUUCGCUAUGUCAGCGCCCUUCGCGGUUUGAUCUUCUCCAUCGUGAGCACCAUGGGAAGCCUAAUGUGGACUAUGGUUUUGCUGGUGUUGCUGUUUUACAGCUUCGGCGUGAUUUUUACACAAAUCGUGUCUGACCACUGCCGGCUGGAGACCAUCAGCGCGACUGGAGAUGCGAACGCGGUGCCUUAUUGUACGGACGAUGAUGCUCGCAAGCAUUUUCCAACGGUUGCUCGAACGAUGCUCUCGCUUUUCAUGGUUAUUUCGUCGGGUGCUAACUGGCACGAGCUCUUGGAGCCUUUGCAGCGGAUCUCCUCAUUUGCUGUGGCUUUCUUGAUUUUUUACAUAGUAAUCACGGUUUUCGCUGUGUUGAAUGUUGUAACUGGUGUGUUCUGCCACACAGCUAUUGAGUCCGCACAAGCGGACAAGGAGAUUGCGGUCAUGGUGCAAAUGGAGAAAGAAGCAGCACAUGUGCGUGGAUUGAAAUCCAUGUUCAAUGAGAUGGAUGUUGACGGCUCUAACAUGGUGAGCGUGAAUGAGCUCAAGGCUGCCUUGAAUACGAUGAAGCUGGCGAGUUUUCUGGAAUCCAUGGAAAUCUCGACCAAAGACGUGUGGACACUCUUUCGAAUCAUCGACAACGAUCAAAGCGGUCUCAUUGAUCUGGAGGAGUUCGUUCAAGGCUGCAUGCAGCUGCACGGCCCGGCGAAAAGCAUUCACAUUGCUAAGAUGAGUCACGAGAACAAGAUCACCCGCCAAGCAAUCAAGGGCUUAUCUCUGAAGUUAGACACAAUCAGUCGCCAACUGACGGAUAUUCAGGCUUGUUGA